AUGGCGGUUCGAACCCAGAUUGCCACCGUGGGCAACAGGGGACGACAUUCAAGCAACCCUUCAGAUCCCUUCAACCUUGGAAGACCUGGAGGGUCCUUGAUGGAUCCAACAGCCCCAAACCCCUUCGCAACCCCCGAUUUUGCCACGCCCGCACCUUCGGCCCCUUCACAAAGUUCAAGAUCCUCGGGCUACUUUCCCAAAGGCAAGCCACCUAGACUAUCGGCACCUCGGAGGCGCUUCAAGAGCUCACGUCUUGUUGGGGAGUUCGAGAAACCUUGGCUCGAAGAGAGCAAACGGACGAUCAAUUGGGAUGCUGUCAUCCUUUACACCUUCGUUUUGGCAGGCCUCGGUAUCUCGGCCGUCAUCUGCUGGCUUAAUGUCAGAAACAUCUCCAACCCUGAGUACUGUUUAGUCCUCGAAGACAAUUUCGAGACCUUCAACAAAGACGUGUGGAGCCAUGAAGUGCAAAUGAACGGAUUCGGCACCGGGUCCUUCGACUGGACCACUAGCGACCCUGCCAACUCCUACGUUGAUGCACGAGGCCUCCACAUUGUUCCCACCUUGACUCUCGAGAGCACAGACAUCACUUAUAAGCAACUGACUAAUGGAUACACUGUCAAUCUGACCAAAGAUGGUACCUGCACAAGCCGCGAGCAGCGCGUCUCCAACAUCGCCGGAAUAAGUCAGCCAUGUUCCGCAAAAAGCAACUCCACCAAAGGCACAAUCAUCAAUCCUGUGCGUUCCGCUCGUCUUACAACUGCAGGUAAAAAGACGAUCAAAUACGGCCGCGUCGAGGUAGUGGCCAAGAUGCCCCGCGGAGACUGGAUGUGGCCUGCCAUCUGGAUGAUGCCGCAGGACUCGGUGUACGGCGAUUGGCCACGGAGCGGAGAGAUUGACAUUGCUGAGUUGCGCGGUAAUGAUGCAGAAGAAUACCCUCUUGGAAACAACAUUGUCACUUCAGCACUGCAUUGGGGUACGUCUUAUACGGACGAUGCGUGGAACAAAAGUGCUGGCGAAUGGGGUGGUAAGAGGACGAAGUAUUCGGACGACUUCCACCUCUAUUCGCUGGAGUGGUCGGAGAAGUACCUGUUUACUUGGCUAGACGGGCGACUACGCCAAAUCAUAUUUUUCGACUUCAAGAAGAACAAAAACAUGUGGACAUUUGGAGAGUUCUGGAAGUCUCCUGUCAACGGCACAUUCAAGGAUCCUUGGAGCCAAACGGGCAGAUCCAACACUCCAUUUGACCAGGAAUUCUACCUCAUCCUCAACGUUGCAGUUGGAGGAACAGGGGGCUGGUUUCCAGAUGGCAUGGGUCAAAAGCCUUGGACUGAUAAAGGCGAUACCCCCAUGAGAGACUUUUGGCAGGCUAACAGUACUUGGCUGCCGAGCUGGGGCCCGGUGGAAGACCGGGGCAUGAUAGUGAAGUCAGUGAAGAUGUGGCAGGAGGGGGCAUGCGAGGACUGUGUGGUAUCAGAUCAGGUAUCGGCAUCGAGCUCUACUAUGCUGCAACUACAUCUGCGGCGUCUGAGACAUGAAGCGUCCCGCAUCAGAGCUCAUGUCUCCAAGCACGCGCUCGCAACCUACAUGACGCGUCCGAAUGGCGUCCCUCGUCUUCGCAUCGUCGGCCCAACGGUGUGGUGUCUUGCCGCAGCCGGUACAUUCUAUCUCGGUUGUGCCGGCUGGGAAAUCUAUCGAGACGUCCAGCAUGUGAACAAGAGAGGCCUGAGAUCAACCAGCUCCAGCUCUCCCGCUACGUAUGACCAACUGCAAGCCGCCAAAGCAACGGCUCGGCUAUGGAGCCGCCAGUCCGAGCCAGCGCUAGACCAAAUAUCCUCUGAGACGUGGCAUCGUCUGCUCGGGGCGGACAAGAUGGUGGCCGGAGCCAUAGGGCUGAAUACCCUCAUCUUCGCAACAUCUCGCCCUAUUCCCGCAUUGCAGAUGCAGUUUAUGCACUUUCCUGCCGGGCCUUAUAACUACACACUUCUCACCUCCGUGUUCGGACACGCUGGCCUGUUGCAUAUCGGAGCGAACAUGUAUGGCCUGUACCGCUUCGCGCCCCAAGUGGCCCGCAGCCACGCUUUCGAACGGAGUGGCGCUCACCUCACGGCCUUCUACCUUUCGGCCGGCGUCUUUACGAGCCUGGCUCAACACCUGACGUCGAAGUGGGCAUCUCCACGAGCCCGUCAAGGCGGUUUCUUCACACCAUCAUUAGGGGCCAGCGGCGCAAUCUUUGGCAUCCUAGGUGCCUGGGCUAUGCUUUUUCCGGAUGCACAGGUCGGGCUUCUUUUCUUGCCUGGGAGUAUCCCAGCAGACCAGGCGCUGGCGGGGAUUGCACUUUUUGAGGCGUAUGGACUCGCCGUGGGAUUCAAGUUUGUGAAUUUCGGCCACGCGGCACACCUGGCAGGUCUGGCGAUUGGAUCAGGAUAUGUGUAUUUUGACGGAAAACGACGACUUUGGCAACCAGCCCGAAGAUUUAUGUUUAACCAGAUGAAAUUUCUGGGAGUCAUCUAGGGGCUACCGUUGAGUUCUCGGCCGAUCGGCUUUUGAAAAGAACUAUAACAAAAAUAAAACAAUUCUGCCCAUAAAUCUUAAACUGAGUCUUAUAGGCAUUUAUACCAUACUCUACCGCUGGAUUGGCUACCCUAAAUCUGCCUAUUCAGGCUGAGCUGGGCGAUCUCAGAGCUUGGACGGGCUAAUAGACCCUUGGUCUUACGGGCUCCCCCACAUCUAAAACAGCUUGAAUUUGCAACUGACGAAUCAUACUCCCCA